AUGGCUAAAAGAAAAAUUAUUCAGAAAAAUGCGGUUAUUGCAACCCAACUAAGAGAUGUUUUAAACCAUUAUAACCAAUUCGUUCGUUCACUUCAUAUCAAAGAAAAAUCUCACUCUCCCAAUUCUCUUCUAAUUACCCGCCAGUUAAUUAAAAAGUUGAUUAUAGUAGGAAUGGGGGCUUUUUUUACCACUGCCGCCUUUUAUUUUUUAAUGGACCCUCUUCGUAUUUAUAACCCGGGCUUGAAUGGUCUCUUGAAAAAAAUAACUCAAUGCUUAGUUGGAACUGAAUCAGAACAACAGAGCUCUUUUUUUCUUUUUGCUUUUAUUAAAUACAUUUUUAAAAACGGGCGUUUAUGGGGAGUGAUAGCCUAUAUUUACGCUUCACCACGUCUUAUGAAUUGGACUUUUCCUCGCGACCAAACUCUCCUUCUGCGGGUUUAUUCAUCAAGCGAGGAAAAGCGGAGCCAAGCUCUGAAUUUGUUAAAAAAAUUUACUCCUACCUAUCAAGGGGCUUUUUUUUCAGAAAGCGGGGGGAUAAAAACAAUCUACGUAAUCGAUUGCUAUUUAAGUGGUUGGGACUAUUUUAUUCUCAAACCCGAACUCCAAAAAACUGAAAUUAUUGACAGUAUUAAAGACACUAGUCAUUUUCAACAAGCCUUUACCCACACUUCUUUCCAAAACGAGUCAGGGGGAGAUUUUUCUUAUGAAAACUUAGAAUUUUUGGGGGAUAGCGUACUUGGUUUUGCUACUGCCUUGUUUCUUUACCGUUCUUUUCCGAAUUUUUCCGAAGGACAAUUAAGCAAACUCAAACAAUUAAUGGUGCGAGAAAGCACUCUGGCUUAUUUAAGUCAAGAAUGUGGUCUCGCCGAAUUUUUGCGACUAGGAGCGGCGGAAAAAGACAAUCAUAGAGCAGUAAAAACUAGCAUUUUGGCUGAUAUUUUUGAGUCUUUUCUGGGAGCCUUAUACUUAGAAAAAGGCGAAAAGAUAGUUUACGAAUUUCUCGGCUUAACCCUUUUUCCGUGGGUUAAGGAUUACAAAAGUCGUUUACAGGAGUUUUUCCAAGCUCAAAAAAACAAAGUUGAUUACUAUUUGAAAGAAACUAAGAAAAUCGGCAAUAAACAAGUAUUUGUUAUGGAAGUGCGAGACGAAUUAAACACUAUUUGUGAAAUAGGUUGCGGUUCUAGUAAAAAAGAGGCUGAACAGCAAGCGGCCGGCAAAGCCAUUCACAAGUUAGGUCUGGAUAACCUUAAUUAA